UGUGUCGCGCGCUCCGCUCCACUUGAAGAUUUUCAAGCCACUUAAGCUACUUUAAUAUAAAAGCUGAAUAGAGUAGAAGCUUUUUUUGGGGGGUUUAUAUCUAUAAGUGUGCAUUUCCCCGGUAAUUAUGCAGGAUAGAGGCGCGUGUAUCGGCCCCUUCUGCAGACCGAGGUGUCUGGCGGCGGCGGCGGCGGCGGCGGCACCGGCGGGGAAAACGAAACUAACUCACCCGGGAAAGGCUAUUCUGGCAGGCGGCAUUGCAGGAGGCAUAGAGAUCUGCAUCACCUUCCCCACAGAGUACGUCAAGACCCAGUUACAACUGGAUGAGAAGGCCAAUCCACCCAAAUACAGAGGAAUAGGUGACUGUGUGAGACAGACAGUUCAGGGUCAUGGUGUUAAAGGACUCUACAGAGGACUCAGCUCACUGCUGUAUGGAUCCAUACCCAAAUCUGCAGUCAGGUUCGGGGUGUUUGAGUUCCUCAGCAACCAUGCGAGGGACGAGUCCGGUCGUCUGGACAGCACCAAAGGCCUGCUGUGUGGGCUCGGAGCCGGGAUCCUGGAGGCCGUUUUGGUGGUCUGUCCCAUGGAAACUGUUAAGGUUAAAUUCAUUCAUGACCAGACGUCAGCCAACCCCAAAUACAAGGGCUUCUUCCACGGAGUCAGAGAGAUCGUCAAUGCUCAAGGAAUAAGAGGGACAUAUCAGGGUCUCACUGCCACGGUCCUCAAACAAGGCUCCAACCAAGCUAUUCGGUUCUAUGUGAUGACCUCUCUCAAGAACUGGUACAAAGGUGAUGACCCCAACAAAGCCAUGAAUCCCCUGUUGACCGGAGUAUUUGGAGCCGUAGCCGGAGCAGCCAGUGUCUUUGGAAACACCCCACUAGAUGUCAUCAAGACCAGAAUGCAGGGUCUGGAAGCACAUAAAUAUAAAAGCACAUGGGACUGUGCUUUAAAGAUCCUGAGACAUGAGGGCUUGGCAGCCUUCUACAAAGGGACGGUUCCCCGGCUGGGCCGCGUGUGUCUGGACGUGGCCAUAGUCUUCAUCAUCUACGAGGAGGUGGUGAAGGUCCUGAACACGGUCUGGAAGACGGACUGAGCUGCCGGACGCUCAGAGAGACGGCUUCUCC